AGUGCGCCCCUGCAGGGCCCGCGCCAGGCCGCCAGCCUCCGAGUGGGCGCGGGACAGCGCGCAGCGCCCCGCAGCGAGGCGCCCGCCCCUGUCGCCCCCACUUCCAGCGCCGCCUGCGACCCCACGGGCGCCCCACGCCGCGGCAGCAGCCGCCGGGCCCCCGCAGCCACCAUGAAGAAGGAGGUGUGCUCCGUGGCCUUCCUCAAGGCCGUGUUCGCGGAGUUCUUGGCCACCCUCAUCUUCGUCUUCUUCGGCCUGGGUUCGGCCCUCAAGUGGCCGUCAGCGCUGCCCACCAUCCUGCAGAUCUCGCUGGCCUUUGGCCUGGCCAUAGGCACGCUGGUCCAAGCCCUGGGGCCAGUGAGCGGCGGCCACAUCAACCCCGCCGUCACCCUGGCCCUCUUGGUGGGCAACCAGAUCUCGCUGCUCCGGGCUUUAUUCUACGUGGUGGCCCAGCUGGUGGGCGCCAUUGCGGGGGCUGGCAUCCUCUACGGGUUGGCACCUCUCAAUGCCCGGGGCAAUCUGGCCGUCAACGCGCUCAAUAACAACACGACACCGGGUCAGGCCACGGCAGUGGAGCUGAUUCUCACCUUCCAGCUGGCACUCUGCAUCUUCGCCUCCACUGACUCCCGCCGCACCAGCCCUGUGGGCUCUCCAGCCCUAUCCAUUGGCCUGUCUGUCACCCUGGGUCACCUUGUUGGGAUCUACUUCACUGGCUGCUCCAUGAACCCAGCCCGCUCUUUCGGCCCUGCAGUGGUCAUGAAUCGGUUCAGCCCAGUUCACUGGGGUCUGUUUCUGUCCCUAUGUGGAGGGGAGAGGCGCUCUGUUCAUCUCUCUGAGGACCCACGUGUCCCCUCUGAAGGUUUUCUGGGUAGGGCCCAUCGUGGGGGCGGUCCUGGCUGCCAUCCUCUACUUCUACCUGCUGUUCCCCAACUCCCUGAGCCUGAGUGAGCGUGUGGCCAUCUUCAAGGGCACAUAUGAGCCUGACGAGGACUGGGAGGAGCAGCGGGAGGAGCGCAAGAAGACCAUGGAACUGACCGCCCGCUGACCAGUGGCAGGCAGGGGCAAGCCCCUCAGCCCCUGAGCCAAGGCGGGCAAAAAGAAAAAGUAUCUAACACAACACUUCCUUUUGGCACAGCCGGUCCUCUUGGCUGGGGAGGAGGUGCUGGCCCCCCUGGCUGCACAGUUAGAGAGGCGAGAAGGAACCCAUGAUGGGACUCCUGGGGCAGGGGCCAGGGGCUGGGGUCUGCUGGGGACAGGUCUGAGGUCUGGGAGAGGCCAGACCUCAGAGAUUGUGAACGCAGUGCCAAGCUCACAGGCUGCAAGGGCCAGGCCACAAAAGGGUGAGCCUGCAGCCUGCAUCCCCCACCUUCCCUAACCGCUCCUCAAGAGCUGAAGGGAUCCCAGCCCCUCGGUGGGCAGAGGCAGACCCUCCCCAGAGCUCCUUAGGAAGAAGACACACUGGUUCACUGAAUGCUGCCUUAUUUAUUUCUGGUGAGGAUGCAUGGUGUGGGGCUGCUGGUGUUUGGAGUGGGGGCUUCCCAAUAAAUCACUGAUACGUUCUA